CAAACGAGUAGCUCAUCAUCCUCCACCGCGGCGAUCUGUCAUUUUGUAAACGGGCUCCCUCGCGAGUCACUGUCCCUCUGUUAAACUUUAACUCAGAAGGUCAUUCCUUUAAAGUUCACGUUUAGCCCACAGCAUCCCUACGAAAAGGUGGUGGAGGUGAGGAGCAGAGAGGAAGUGUGGCACGCAUGGAUUAAUCAAACCAAUGAGGACAGACACGAAGUAAAACUCAGAUGGAGCCAGCAGAAGAAGAAACAGCAGCAGCAGCAGUCGUUCAGGUGGAUGAUGCAGACAGGUUGCUGAUGCACAAGAUCGAGCGUCCCGUCUUCAGUGAGGCCCACCUCAGGUCGCAGCUUCUCCAUCGCAAAGAGAAAACCACCACCCUCCGACAGAAGCUCGCACUACACUUCCAGUGUUCAUCCCAGCGAGCAAAGGCAGCGGUUUUUAGCUUCCUGCCUAUUCUCACGUGGCUGCCAAAGUACCCAGUCAGGGAAUACCUGUUCCAUGAUGUGGUCUCAGGUCUUAGCACUGGCGUCGUGCAACUCCCCCAAGGUCUUGCCUAUGCUAUGCUGGCUGCUGUGCCUCCAGUUUAUGGUCUAUACUCAUCGUUCUACCCUGUUCUGCUCUACACUUUCUUUGGCACGUCCAGACACAUAUCCAUAGGCACCUUUGCGGUCAUCAGCCUGAUGAUUGGAAGUGUUGCAGUCAGGGAGGUUCCAGACUCGUACAUGCCACCCACCAACGGGUCCAACGCGUCUGCCAUCUUUGAUGUGGCGGAUCGUGACGCCCGGAGGGUGCAGGUGGCUGUGGUGCUCACAACCUUGGUGGGAAUCAUUCAGAUGAUUUUAGGUCUUCUCAGGUUUGGCUUUGUGGCCAUUUACCUCACGGAGCCCCUGGUGCGAGGCUUCACGACAGCGGCCGCGGUGCACGUGGUGGUCUCUCAGUUAAAAUACCUGCUGGGAGUGAAAACCAAGCGUUUCAGUGGACCCCUCUCGGUUAUAUUUAGCAUCAAGGCAGUACUGAGUGACAUUACGAGUACGAACAUCACCACUCUCAUCCUGGGCCUCGUGUGUCUCGUCUUUCUGUACGCCAUCAAACAUCUCAACGAGCGCUUCAAAAACAAACUGCCUAUCCCCAUUCCCGGGGAGAUAAUUGUCGUCAUUGUGUCGACGGGCGUCUCGUAUGGCAUGACGCUGGCCGCCAACUAUAAGGUCGACGUCGUCGGGGAGAUACCGACCGGGCUUCUUCCGCCCGUCGCUCCGGACUUCUCUCUGUUGCGCACUUUGGUCACCGACUCCUUCGCCAUCGCGAUCGUGGGCUUCUCCAUGGGGAUCUCGCUGGCCAAAAUCUUUGCCCUCAAGCACAACUACAGCGUGGACAGUAAUCAGGAGUUUAUAGCCCUUGGCCUGUGUAACUUCAUCAGCUCUUUCUUCCAAACAUUCACCAUCACUUGCUCCAUGUCAAGGAGCCUGGUGCAGGAGAGCACAGGGGGUAAAACCCAGAUUGCCGGCCUGCUGGCCUCUCUCUUGGUGCUGCUGGUGAUCGUCGCCAUUGGUUUUGUCUUUGAGCCACUGCCACAGACUGCGUUGGCAGCGAUCAUCAUGGUCAACCUGCUGGGGAUGUUCAAACAGUUCAGAGACAUCCCAACGCUCUGGAGAACCAGCAAGAUUGAACUGGCCAUCUGGCUGGUGACCUUUGCGGCAUCUGUGCUAUUGGGCUUGGAUUACGGCCUUCUCUUUGCCAUCGCAUUUGCUUUACUGACCGUCAUCUACAGAACACAGAGCCCGAAAAACGCCGUUCUCGGGCAGGUUGCCGACACGGGACUCUACUGUGAAGUGGACGAGUAUGAAGAAGCGGUGGAAUGUGAGGGGAUUAAAAUUUUCCACUCCAACGCGUCAAUCUACUUUGCCAACAGCGACCUUUAUGUGAGCGCGCUCAAAGAGAAGACUGGUGUAAACCCCGAACACAUACAAGCAUCCCGAAAAGCUCGGAACAAACCAAAGGCCAGCAGCAGUCUGACGUGCUCUCUAAAAAGAAAUGCUGAGGAGAAGGACGGCGAGACGACGCACCAAGUUUUGCCUUUUAACAAAACGGGCGGCGAUCAGAAAAACGGCUGCCUGACAGAAGGUCACGGGGAGGCGGAUUCCGAGGCGCUGGUCUUCCGCCCGUCUCUCGGCUCCGUCCGCUUCAUCAUCCUGGACUGGACGCACGCUGGCUUUAUUGACUCCGUGGGAGCCAAAGCCGUCAAACAGGUUAUUAAGGAGUAUGCAGCGGUAGAUGUUCAAGUCCUCAUCGCGGGCUGCAACAGAAGUCUGCUGUCUGAGCUGGACCGGCUGCAGUUCUUCUCUGAAAUCGUAAGCCCUGAAAUGGUGUUCCCCACCGUUCACGAUGCCGUGUUGCACUGCCAACAUUCCCAACCCAAUUCCGCAUGCUGAUACGACUGUGAACCAUUAUACACUAUUUUUUUGCACUGAAAGCUUGUUAAAAUGUCCAGGAUUUGAACAAAUUCAUCCUUAAGACGGUUGUCUUUGUUGUUCCUGGUUAGUGCAGUGUUGCAUUGCGCUGGAUCCGUGUUUGUGUGCGUGCGCGCGCGCGUUGUGUCAAAUGUUGAACAGCUGCAAAUGGUUAGUUUGCAGUAUCAGGUGCACAUUAAAUAGGGAGGAUUUUUUUUGCUUCCUAAAUGCAUUUCUCGUAACUUUGUGGGUAAAAAAAA